AUGGAUAAUCUGGCGUUAUGUGAGGCAAACAACGUUCCUCUAACGCCCGUAACGUUCUUGAAGAGAGCUUCUGAAUGCUAUCCCAAUCGAACUUCGAUAAUCUAUGGACAAACUCGUUUCACUUGGCCUCAAACCUAUGACCGUUGCUGUCGUCUCGCUGCCUCUCUCCUCUCUCUCAACAUCAGCCAAAACGACGUCGUCUCGAUUUUGGCCCCAAACGUACCUGCCAUGUACGAGAUGCAUUUUGGCGUUCCCAUGACCGGAGCCGUACUUAACCCUAUCAACACCCGUCUCAACGCCAAAACCAUAGCCAUCAUCCUCCGACACGCCCAGCCAAAGAUCUUAUUCGUAGACCACGAGUUCGCUCCCUUGACCCAAGAAGUCCUCCAACUCCUACCCUUUGACAACUCACAACCUCGUCCGCUGAUCAUAUUCAUUAAUGAGAUCGAUUCCACUAAAAAACCUUCCUCCACCGACUUAGACUACGAGGGUCUAAUCCAGAGAGGAGAACCUACGCUUUCUUCGUCCGCAAGUAUUUUCCAUGUCCGCAAUGAGAAUGACCCCAUAUCUUUGAACUACACGUCUGGCACCACGGCCGACCCAAAAGGUGUGGUGAUUAGCCAUCGAGGAGCCUACUUAAGCACUUUGAGCGCCAUUAUGGGCUGGGAAAUGAGUGCUUCUCCGGUCUACCUCUGGACCCUGCCUAUGUUUCAUGGCAAUGGAUGGACGCACACGUGGGCCGUGGCUGCGCGUGGUGGCACCAAUGUCUGCAUGAGGCAGCUGACUGCCCCGGAGAUCUUUAAGAACAUAGAUUUGCAUGGUGUGACGCACAUGUCUUGUGUUCCUACAGUUUUUAGAAUUCUACUUGAAGGAGGUCGAACCGACCAAUCACACAGGUCGCCGCCUGUUCAGGUGCUUACCGGAGGUUCAUCGCCGCCGGCUGCACUUCUUGAGAAGGUGCAAAAGUUGGGGUUCGAGGUGAUGCAUGGCUAUGGGCUUACGGAGGCCACCGGUCCGGUCCUUUUUUGCGAGUGGAAAGAAGAGUGGAACAGCCUACCAGAGCAUGAACAGAUGCAGCUAAAAGCAAGACAAGGGGUGUGGAACAUAACCCUAGCCGAAGUUGACGUGAAGAACACGGAAACUCAGGAGAGUGUCCCACGCGAUGGGAAAACAAUGGGAGAGAUCAUCAUCAAAGGAAACAGUGUAAUGAAAGGGUAUCUGAAGAACCCUAAAGCAACAUCUGAAGCGCUUAAACACGGACGACUCAACACCGGAGAUCUAGGUGUGAUUCAUCCUGAUGGGCACAUUGAGAUUAAAGAUCGAUCCAAAGACAUCAUCAUCUCGGGAGGUGAGAACAUAAGCAGUAUUGAGGUCGAGAAAGUUCUUUACGAGAAUCAGAAAGUGCUCGAGGCUGCGGUUGUCGCCAUGCCUCAUCCUCUCUGGGGUGAGACCCCUUGUGCGUUUGUUGUUCUAAGAAAAGGUGAAGAGAAAUUGGUGACAAUUAAAGAAAGAGAUUUGAUUAACUAUUGCCGUGAGAAUAUGCCACAUUUUAUGUGUCCAAGGAAGGUUGUGUUCAUUCAAGAAGAGCUUCCAAAGAACAGCAACGGAAAGAUCUUAAAGUCUAAGCUGAGAGAACUCGCUAAGGCUUUGGUAGUCGAUGGGGACGAUGUCGGUACCAAGAAAGUUGAACAACGCGUUGUUGAUCACGUUAAAUCUAGGCUUUAA